AUGUUACUUCUCUUCCAGACUGUCUCUGGAUUCCACAAGGCGGAAAGCAGUACCGAGGCUGCGUCUUUUGACACGGCUGGAAUAGGAACGUUUAACAGGACACCCACCUUCUACUUUGAUUCUGGUAAACGGGCAAAAGUAUUUUGGCAAUUUGCGGUGACCUGUCACACCUUCUUCCGUGUCAAAGAACCCAACUCCGGCGGUUCCGGAUCCGUAGCCAAUGGUCGCGGAGCAUUACACCGUCUGAACGCAAUCUCUGCGACCGCUGGCUACGCAAGCUCGCAGGCAACCAGUGGGUUCAGCAGCUUAUUUCACCGAUUUCGCAAUCGGCGCAGUAUGAGUCUCAAAACUCCCAGUCCCGUCCUCGAGCGAACGAUGUCCACUCUGGUCGAAAUUCGUCGACGUUCAAGGUCGAUAGAACGUACAUCUUUCAGGUAA